AUGAAUUUGUCGUAUAGGAAUGUCUCAAGAAUAAAAAAACAAAAUAUAAAACUAAAUAUUUCAAUGCAAAAAACACAAAUUGAAGAGCCAAUUGAUUUAAUUAAAUUAUCACUUGAUGAUAAUAUAUUUAUAAAAUUAAGAGGUGGAAGAAAAUUAAAAGGAAAGUUAAGAGCAUUUGACCAACACCUUAAUAUUAUCUUAACUGAUGUUAAUGAAACAUAUCAAGAAAAAACAAGAACUUUUCCAGUAUUAUAUGUUCGUGGUGAUUUAGUAGUCCUUAUUUCUCCACAAAAGGAAUAA